AUGGUCAUGGAGCUCGAGACCUGCUCAAGUGUGUUCGACGACCUGUCCCGCAAAGUCUUUGGCAAGCCAAACGAGCCCAGGACGAUGAUCGCUUCAUUGAAUCAAGUUCUCAAUUCUUGGACCACCGAUGGUGUGCACGACCCGGAGGUUUUCGAGGGUGUUCUGAAAACUGUUUUCGGCAAUGACAAGCGCUUUUUCGGUGCUCCAUCUGGUCCUGUCUCUGGGUAUGGCCGUGGGGUGGUCGCGAGUUGUAUUGCCCACCCCGUGGAACCGAGCAAAUCGGGAAAUACCCGGUUUCGGAACUUUCUCCUGCACGGCUUCAUCCAUAGUCUGUUGCGAUUCGGAGAGACUCUAGGUCUUGAGAAAUCCCGAGAUCAAUAUCUGCAAUGGGUGUCGGCGCUACCGCAAAAAUGUACAUUUCCACGUGUGAGACUUGUCCGAGAACGUUUGCGUCUACAUGAAGUCCCGAGCGAUGGCUCAACAAACUCUCAGCGGGAUUCCAGCCAUCAUGAAAUGGUUGAUCAAGCAGCAGAAGCCCAAUUUGCCUUGUGA